AUGAGAUGGUUCUUGUGGUUGCCACUAGUCUUUCUAUUGGAAGUAAUAUUUGCAAACAAUCAAAUAAAAUUUGAUUUGUAUGACAACGACGAUCAACAAUACACUAACGACACUGUUGAUUUAGCAACACAAUAUUCACAAAUAUCCAAUAACUCAUUAUUAUGGGGACCUUAUCGAUCAGCAUUAUAUUUUGGACUCAGACCUAGGUUUCCUCGAUCCUUGUUAUCUGGGUUGAUGUGGUUUUCAAUUAACGACUAUGAAGGAAUUGGUAAAAUAAGACACUUUUACGAACAACAUGACAAAAUGUCCAAAGCUAAUUGGGUUUCAUAUGACCCAAGAAUCGGUGGUAGACAAAUCAUUGAUGAUGAUGAGUGUCAUAUCAAAAUAAUAAUUGAUUUUGUUAAAAGUGACGAUGGAUUAUCCUGGGGGGUUAAAAUUAGAUCUAAACCUCAUAAAGGGUUUGAAAAUAUAAAGACUUCCUUUAUAUGGUAUAGUGGGUUGGAAGGUGAGCAAAAAGUGAUUGAUGAAAAUGGCGAUGAAAGCAUGAGUAGAACUGGCUUUUUGAAGUUGGAGAACCCAAAAAAUGUUUUAGGAUAUGAGGGGAAUCUCAAAUUUACUGGGGUUUCAGAAGAAUUAGGUGCAUUUGAAUUGGAGAUCAAUGAUGGUCCCAAGACCAAUGUCCAUCCAGUUGGAAGAACCUAUAUUGAUCCUGAAUUAGAUCCAAGAAAAGCUCACCAUUAUAGUUUGACUGUUCCAGAUGAUAAUGUUUGGAGAGCAAGAGAUAUUUUCAUGACAAUGUUACAAGAAUCAAUUCAAAAACUUGUUGAAAGAUUUGGAGGUGUUGAAACUAUCCCACCAGAAAACUUGUUUAUCCUUAGGGAUUUACAAGAUUUUGAAGGAAAUUUACAUUUUGUACAAAAAAUUUAUCAAGGAUCAUGUGAAUUUGAUGUUGUAUAUAAUAAUGCAUUAACACCGAUCACGGAAAGAAUUACGUUUGAUAAUUUGAAAUUCAGAAUACAAAAUUCGUUGAAGGCAUUUGAUGAGAAAUUUGAUAGUAAUUUUGAGUUAGCGCCUCCAUUCAAUUCUAAAAAGUACAAAAAGUUUGGUAAAGAAGUAUUGUCAGGGUUAUUAGGAGGACUUUCCUACUUUUAUGGUGACCAGUUGGUUGAUAGAGAAACUGUAUUUGAUGAAGAUUCGUUUGAAAGUUACAAAUUAGAGGGUACUUUUGAAGGUCCUUACGAGUUAUUCACUUUGGUUCCUUCGAGACCAUUUUUCCCACGUGGAUUUCUUUGGGAUGAAGGGUUCCAUUUAUUACCGUUGUUGAAUUAUGAUUCUGAUUUAGUUUUGGAAAUAACCAAGUCUUGGUUUAAUUUGAUGGAUGAGGAUGGUUGGAUUGCUCGUGAACAAAUAUUGGGUAAAGAACUGAGAUCAAGAGUACCGGCUGAAUUUGUUGUACAAAGUCCACAAAUUGUGAAUCCUCCAACAUUGACAUUAGUUCUUACGUAUUUACUUGAUUCUGUGGUUGGAAAUUAUGAUAACAUUGAUGAACCAAAAAAUGUCGAUGAAUCGUUAUCAAGAGAAACCUUGGGCAGCUUUGUGUUGAAGAAUCCCGAGGUGUUGACGAAUUACACUAAGCAGGUGUAUCCUAAAUUGAAAUCACAUCUUGAUAUGUUUCGUCGAACUCAAAGAGGCUAUGUUGAAGAAUUUGAUAGAGGAACCAACCCAGAAGCCUAUAGAUGGAGAGGUAGAACAUUAACACAUUGUCUUGCUAGUGGGUUGGAUGAUUACCCUCGGGCAUUACCUGCAGAUGUUGCUGAAUUGAAUGUUGAUUUGAUCUCAUGGAUUGGUAUUAUGACAAGAUCAAUUCGUUUAAUGGCAGAGAUUUUGAAUAUUGAUGAAGAUGUACAAGCCUAUAAGAAUUUAGAAAAUGAUAUCAUUGAUAACAUUGAAAAAUUGCAUUGGUCACCAGAAGAUAAAACUUACUGUGAUGUUUCAGUCAAUGAUGAUGAUGAAAAUAUUUUUGUUUGUUUCAAAGGAUAUAUUUCAUUAUUCCCAUUUUUAACCAAGUUGAUACCUGAAACUAAUAUUGAUAAAUUGGAACAUAUUAUAGAUUUAAUUUCCAAUCCAGAAGAAUUGUGGACCCCCUAUGGUAUCAGAUCUUUAUCAAAAGCUGACGAAUUUUAUAAAACAGGUGAAGAUUAUUGGAGAUCACCAAUAUGGAUCCCAAUAAACUAUUUAAUUUUAGAUAGUAUUCAAGAUUAUUAUAUUCGUAGCAAAGAUCACAUGUCAACUGAUUUACAAGAAAAAUUUGCAAAGACUUACCAUGAUUUGAGAAUAAAUAUUGUUAACAAUGUAUUUAAUCAAGCUGCUAAAACUGGGUUUGUGUGGGAACAAUAUAAUGAUGAAACAGGGGAAGCACAAAGAGCUAAGAAUUUUUUGGGUUGGUCAUCUUUGGUCUUGAUAAUGAUGACAAUGCCUGAACAUUUGAAUUGA